GAGUCGAAUCUUGACGUGGGCAGUUGCCUACUGGACGAGUGCUCGAGCGCCGGAUCGCAUCGCAAACUAUCAGCAUUAUCAGCAGCGUCCAGUCUCCACGCCCCAUCAGAAUCCUCGAUGAGCCGGAAGCGAAGCAUUCGGGAGCGAAUGGCCGAAAUGGCAGAUAGCAGGAGGAAUCCGAAAAAGCCAACUCCACCUAGUAUUUUCGAAGCUGCACAGUUGAUCGGCAAAUUUUCCGGGCAACGCAUUGAUUUGUUAUCAGCGAAUAUCCAAAAUGAGUUCGGAGUGUGCGGAUGGAUUCUCACCAUUCUCUCGUAUCUCCUCAUAUUCUUCACUCUUCCAAUUUCCGCAUGUAUGUGCAUAAAGGUAGUGCAAGAGUACGAAAGAGCUGUUAUCUUCCGACUUGGUCGCCUGAUGCCAGGUGGUGCAAAAGGACCAGGUAUAUUCUUCAUUGUCCCAUGUAUCGACACAUACCGAAAAGUUGAUCUUCGUGUGUUAUCAUUCGAAGUGCCUCCACAAGAGAUUCUAUCAAAAGAUUCCGUGACAGUCGCUGUCGAUGCUGUCGUUUAUUUCCGAAUUUCUAACGCAACGAUUUCGGUGACAAAUGUCGAAGAUGCCGCUCGAUCCACUAAACUUCUGGCUCAGACUACUCUUCGUAACAUUCUCGGAACCAAAACUCUCGCUGAAAUGUUGUCGGACAGAGAAGCUAUUUCUCACCAGAUGCAGACAACGUUGGACGAGGCUACAGAGCCUUGGGGAGUGAAAGUAGAGAGAGUUGAGGUGAAAGAUGUUCGUCUACCAGUUCAACUUCAAAGAGCUAUGGCUGCCGAAGCUGAAGCAGCUCGUGAAGCAAGAGCUAAGGUAAUCGUCGCCGAAGGAGAACAAAAAGCCUCUCGAGCUCUUAAAGAGGCAGCUGAAGUCAUUGCUGAAAGCCCAUCUGCUCUUCAGCUUCGUUAUUUGCAGACACUGAACAGUAUUUCAGCUGAAAAGAACUCAACGAUUAUAUUCCCGUUCCCAAUUGAUCUUCUCAGUGCAUUCCUCCAACGAACACCGCCUAAAGUUGAGGAGCCACCGUCUUUACCGAAAAAAAUCCGUUCAUGCUGCUUGUACAAGUACCCUGAUUGGGUGCAAGGAAUGGUUGGAUCUGAAGGUGGUGGAGGUCACGGACAUUCCCAUGGAGGAGGAGGAGGAGGGCUUGGAUCGUCACAGGGAGCAUUCCAUCCAUCUCAAGCAGGUUCCGGCCCGAGCACCACAACCACCAGUGGCCGUCCGCUGCUCCGCAGCAUGCGAGAAGCGCAGUUUCACUCCGCAGCACCGCCGAUCUCAGCUCCAAAUCAGUCCCAAACAUCAGUGAGUCAGUUGGACCCAGGUUCACGGUCUGGUCAACAAUCGCGUCGAAGCAGCAAACCGGUCGGUGCCGGGGCUAAUUCAUUGCUCAAACAAGCUAUUGCCAACAGGAUGAUGCCGCACGCGACAACAUCAGACGGAGGAGAAUCUUCCGCAGCCCCGAAUAUUGGACAAUCUACAUCUUCCGCAACAUCGUCAACAACGGAGCCCGCUAAGAUCCACAGAACUGAUUCGAGUGAAAUGUCAAAAAGUGUGCUUUUGAAUCCCGCUUGGUAUCGUGAUGAUCAGGGAAGGACAGGGUAUAAGACUUCAGACUGGGAGAAAGUUUCCAAUCAGCAGAAAGACGUUGUCAAGCAGAGUAAGAAAAAGCGAAAAGAGUCCAAGAAUGAAGGUGAAGUUAUCAAAGAACUUGAUACAGAUUUGCUCAGCCAGACUAGCAGUGAAAAAGUUGAAAGUGGCAGCGAUAACAAAUCAAAUAACUCUAUUUUGUCUGAUCAAAAAGAUCCAAAUGAUUCGAAAGUAGACAAAAAAGCAGCAAAGGCUUUGGAAAAAGAGAGAAAGAAGCUAGAAAAAGAGAAGAAGAAAUUGGAAAAAGCUCAAAAGAAAAAAGAAGCUGAAGAGGAGAAGAAGUUGAAAAAGAAGAAAGGAAGUUCUACCAAUAUUUCUGGAAUUUCUGAAAAUUCUGAAAUUUCUGAAAUCGGAGAACAUGAAUCUGUGGAGAUGAAGACUAUAGAAAAGAAAAAAGAAAAAGCAGCAGCAACAAUUACUUUAACAAUGGUUUCAAAAGAUAAAACUUCUAAAUCAUCGAAACAAGAAACUGCUCACAAAAAUUCGGCUCCAAAUAAAUCAGAAGAUUCAGUCUCGAAAGAAUUCGAAGAUGCUCAAAAGGAGUCCUCAAAACGGAAAAAAGAAUCUUCUAGAGAUGAAGAAGCAGACAAAGAAUCAAAACCCGAAGGGCGCCCACCAUCCGGAACUACUCAUUCUUCGGUUAGAAAAUUGAAAGCCGAGUCUUUGAAAAAGAGUGAACCCAGAAGAAAGACAAUCGGAGAUCGAAGAGACUCAAGUAUGUCUGAACUGUCUCGCGGUUCAUUCAAAUCCGUGACUUUCAAUGACCGAGUUCAAACUCACGAGAUUGAACGAAACAGCAGUGUUUACACUUCUAGUGAAGACGAUGCUGCAAUUAUGAGCGAUGAUGAAAUGUCAAAGCCGAGUCAAGCGAAAAUGAAGAAAAAGCUGACAAUGUUGCAGCAAAGUCCAAGCCAACAGAUCCGACAAGAGCAUGUAGACAUAUAUGAUGAUGAUGAUUUGGAUGAUUUUGAAGAACAAGAACGAUUGGCACUUCUUGCUGCUCAAGGAUACGACUUUAGGCGUGAGAUGCAAUACAGAGAAGAUGGAGAUAUUGAGUAUGAUAAUGAAUCAGAGGAAGAAGAGAAUGAAGAGGAAGAAGAAGACACCCUCUCUCAAAACAGUUAUUACGCCGAGGAUGUAGAGGGUGCUGAUAUCUACUUGAGAAAUGAGCACAGUUUCCUUGAAACCGAUCCUAACAUGCAAACACAGAUGCAAAAUAUGGCGGGGUAUGAAUGGUUUGAUAGGGCGAUGAUGGGAUCGAUGGGUAAAUUACAUGGCGACGAUUCGGCUUCGAGCAGUUUGCUCCUAAACUAUAAUCUUCCACGAUCUGCAAGCGGAUACUUUGAACCGCCGCCAGAAGCAUCCCACAUGAAUUUCUCUUAUGAGGAGGCGAUACUCAAUCGUCAAGCUCAAGCUUUACACCAACAGCAACUUUUGCAACAACUUCAGAAGCUUCCACAACAACAUCCACAGAAAGAAGUUGCUGGAGAACACAAGCUGAGCCCUCCGACUGGUGGUGUUCUGCGUCAAACUGCAACGCAGAGAAGUAUAUAUGAAAAUGUAACAACGGGUGAUGCACCUUCGCAACCACAAUCAUUAAUCAUUCCUCAAUCCCCGUCCGCAAAAAAUAAAAUGGCUCGAACUGAGUUCUUCACGCAGACUCCAUCAAAUGUGGUUUCCAAAACUAUAAUGGCUGCAUCCAGUGAUGGACAGAGUAUUCAAAGCCUAGGAAGUACCGAUUCAAAUGCGACAGUAAGAGUUGAAGAUGAGAUGCGGAAAAAGUUCGUUGCAAGAUUUGGAGUACGGAAGGCGCCAAUAGCACGAGAAGAAGAUCCAGCAGAUCCGAAGCAUGGAAAAGUGAUGGGAAGUCAAGAAAGCAUGAACUCUACAGAUUCGAGGGAGUCCGUCGUUUCGGCGGCUUCAAUUAAAGCGGAAGCAUUGGCUCGCCGAAAUUUCAACUACUAGUUAUACUUGCAUCUUCUUCUCCGCUUUCCGCUUCUUUCUGCACAUCACACACUUCUGAUCCGAUAGGCAAGCCGAUCAAGGAACGGUAUAACUUUAACGAAAUGGACCGUAAUCUUUCCGCACUGGUCAAACCACUUUGGGCAGGAAAUGAAAAAGAAGAUCGUGCUGAAAAAGACGAUAGUACAUCAUCUUGAUCUGCUCCGGCUCCCCUCCCUGUCUGUGUGAUUCUUUUUGUUUCUUUCAAUUUUAUCCUAUUAUUCCAAUUCAACGCUGAUGCAUUACUAUUGUUGUCAUAUUUCAUUUCUGUCAUUUUUUAAUCAAAUGUGCUGAACAUUAAAAAUUAUCUGAUCUCUUGAAUCCCUUGUCUUGUUUUAUGAAUAAAAGUAAUAUAUC